AUGACACAACAGAAUCUCAUAGCCAACCUUGACCGAAUGCUGCUGUCUCAUGACAUCAGUAAAGACGAGUUGAGGAGAGGCGACCACAUCUACGUGUGGCGGUCCGUCUACCGUCACCAUGGCAUCUGGGACGGCAGAAAAGUCAUCCACUUCAGUGGCGCAAAAUCUGGCGACAAAUCCAACGCGACAAUAGGCAGAGAUACCCUCGACGUAUUCCUAGAUGGUGGUAAUCUUAAGAUCUACCGUUACGGUAUGAGCACGUGGAAUACAAAGUCAUGGUACGAGUUUGCUGGCGCGUCUACAACGGCUGAGAGCGACCCGCCGGAUACGGUGAUGAAUCGAACAGAGAGCCGAAUCGGAGAUGCCGAUUACAACCAGCUUUAUACCAACUGCCUACAUUUCGCGCUCUGGUGCAAGUUGGGAGGACGCGGCGGCAAUUAUUAG